AUGGUGGAACUAUGGAAGUUUCGUCAACGACUUCAGACUGAAGGCGAAACUGUAACGGAGUUCAUCACGGCUUUGCAAAAAGUGGCGGCUAAUUGUGAUUUCGGGCAAUAUUUGACAAAGGCGCUCAGGAACCAGCUAGUUUUUGGUGUACGGAAUCCAAGAAUACGCAACCGGCUGAUUGAAGAAAGAAAUCUAACACUGGAAAAAGCUAAGCAAAUUGCUUUAGCCAUGGAAGCCGCCGGAGAUGGCGCUGAAGUGCUGAAUAGCAGAAGUGCUGAAGUGCUGAAUAGCAGAGGUGCUGAAGUGAAAGAAGUAAACAUCGUGAGCAACACAACGAAGAAAAACGUCGAGUGCUAUAGAUGUGGAGAAUCACAUUUUGCAUAUGUAUGCAAGCACAAAAGAACCGUCUGCAAAAAGUGCGGGAAAAUUGGACAUUUGCAGCGCGUCUGUCGCACGAACAAUAGAAGCAAAAGUGUGAGGUUAAUUGAUGAACAACAUCAAGACAGCGAGGAGAACGAAGAGAUUGCAUAGAAUACUGUGGAUACAGGAUCGACAAGUACGGUAUUCACAAAAUGAAGGAGAAAAUUACUGCCAUUCAACUAAUGCCAAAACCAAG